CGUAUCCAUCUUGAUCUCAAUAAUUAUAUUGUAAUUGUAAAAUUACCUUCCAAAAUUUAAAGAGAUUUCAAAAACACCGAUUUCUUUAGAAAAUUAAAAACUUGCGGCGAACUGUAUUUUAUGAACUUUGAUCCUUUACCUUUGGCGCUUGGCCACACCGACGCCACAAGUCAUGAGGUCAAAACACAUUCACUCACAUUCACAUACGUAGUAGUAGUUUAGUCUAAGUAUACCUUACCUACUUAUUUACUAGAAAUACUCUUAUUUAUUCAUUGUCGAAUAAUAUGCAUAUUAUUAACUGUGCUUUUGCAACAUAUUUUCCUUAUGAACGUUAGUGACAUCUGCAUUUAAAUCAGUGAUAAAUCAUGUCAUUGUCAUUAUUUACAUAGUGCCGGGUCGUAUUAGUGCAAGUCCUAAAAAAAAAAGUAUUAUUAUUGCAUUUGCAGACUCCUUACUUAAAAUUUAUCGUACUGGCUUUCACAUAGUAAGUUCACCCACUUAGUCAAUCUGUAAUAAUAGUUUACUGUGACUUCAAACCUAGUUCUCUUCAAUCAAUGCUAUUGAACAAGGAUGGAGGGGUUCACAUUUUUUAUUACUUUUGUGUGAUCAUUUACUAAAUUUAGUAGUUAUUGUGAGAAAAAAAAAAGGGGGGGGGGGGGGGAAAAAAAUACUGCUUUAUUGGAAUAAUCACAAAAAUGUUUACAUGCUUAAUAAGGUUUAAAUAAAAAUAAAACUCAGGGAGAGUAAGUUCAAAUUCAGGGUCAGGGAGAUGCAGGUAUUGUAGGGUAGGUUUACAGUUUGAAAGAAAAAUAGCAUUAAUUGUAUUUUCCUAACAAUUAUGUUUCUAGGUGGUACUAAAUUACUGAAGAAAGUGAGUGCUGACAUUUAAUAGCCUAUAAAAGAUGCCAUCAGAGGGAGCUAGACAAAGGCGCCCUGAAAAACAAGCUUCAGACAUUUCUAGAAAACAACCCAAAAAACAACUAUCAGAGAGUGAAGCUGUAAAAAAGGCUUCUAGAGGGUAAAACAAGGCAAAAGCCAUAUCUUUAAUGAAACUGGGGUAAAACAAGCUAUAAACUACAAGUGUAAAGAAGCUACAUGAAGGUUUAUUUGUUCUAAAAGAUAGAAAUGCUUAUACUAAAAAAAAUUGUUACAGCACUAUAUAAAUAUAAAUGAAAGAAAAUAGACCAAGAAAUAAUAUGUAUUGUUAAAUAAAACUUUGUUUUAUAUCUUUACAGGUGGGUUCAUUACUUUCUAAUUGCACUGGUUCUGAGCAUCAGUCUGCCUUUGAUAGUGCUUAUCUUACUUCCCAGUCCUAUUGAGCCUCAGGCUAUCACAGGGUAACUAUUGACCAGUCGCGGGUUAUGUCUAGCACUGUGGAACUGCAGCACCCACUAUUUUCACUGAAAAUGUAUUCAUAACAUACAGAGUAAUGAUUUUGUUUUCUGUCUUUCUUUAAUACUUGUACAUAAUAUUUAAUACUAUAUUAAAUAAUUCACGUCAGAGUCAGUGGUCAUUGUCAUUCAUCUCAUUUGGGAAAAAAACUACAAAAAUGCUUCCUUGGAACUGUGUACUUCAUAGUUCCAGUGCUGUUGUGUUUUGUUGUUCCAUGCACGUGCAUGUCAGAGGGAAGAGUAUGAUAUGGUUAUACCAUUGAUUGAAGUUAAAAUAGUUAUAUAUUAUUCUCCUUAUUAAAACAUGUACUUAAAAGAUAUAUUGUUCUAUGGAUUUUUAGAUACUCUGAUGCUCCGGAAUUUGUUGGCCCAUUGGAACCAAAUGAUAUUUUAUUGAAUGCUGAAAGAAUAUAUCGUGAUCAACUUGUGGGACCAGAGUCCAUUCUAGCUGAUGGCGGUUGGUAAAUUUUUUCAUGUCUAUGAUUUCCUUUGGUAAAAAUAAGAAUAUUUUUGAACUAAUUUCUUUGAAUCACGAGAAAAUUAUUCUGUAAUCCUUUAUUUUUGUUUAGAUCAUCUGUACACUGGAACAAGUGAUGGAUGGGUCAACCACAUUCACCAAGGUGUUGUUCAGAAACUUGUUAGAUUUGGUAAAGGGCCUUGUGGUAAGAAAAUUGACAUUUCAAGACAUUGAAAUUGACAUAUCAUAACCAUGUUUUGCUUAUAUUCGCCAACAGGUAAAGAAAGCAUUACAUAUAGUACUAUAUUUCUUUUUUAAACAUUGUAGUAUAUUGUUUUUAUUUUCAUCUAAACUGCUUGUUUCUAUUUUAAAUUUAUCCACCUCAAAUAUUAAAUUUUUAAUGAUAAAAUGCAUUUGUGGAUAUAGAUUAAGGCUAAAAUUUACACAAAAUUUUGUUUUUAUUUCUCAAGUAUGCUUUUCUACCUGUUUGAUCAUUGGACUUCUCAGAGUCUUUAAAUCCUGCCACAAGCCUUUAAGAUGUAACUGACUCCCUCUAAGAGUUUGGUUUUACCUCAUUUUAUGUACAGGUGGGAUAGAGAAUGAAGUUACCUGCGGCCGGCCUCUGGGAAUGAGAAUGGACAAGAAUGGUUUCCUUAUUGUUGCUGAUGCUUACUUUGGUUUGUUUAAGGUCAAUGUCGCCACAGGCAAGUGAUCUUGUUUUUGAUAUCACUAUCACUCUUACAACACAUGCUAGUAUACAGAACACCUUAAUGUCUUUAAUUAAUAAAUAUCCUUUUAACAUUUGAUCCUCUCUAGUAUAUUUGAAUCUGCGUUUUUUCUUCAGGUGAAUACACCACUUUGUAUUCCUCAUCCACACCAAUCAAUGGAAAACAAGCCAAGCUUGUCAAUGACUUAGAUAUUGGACCAGAUGGAAAAAUAUAUUUUACAGAUUCCAGCACAAGGUGGAACAGGAAUAAAUUUCCUCUUAUACUAUUAGAGGGCUCUGAUGAUGGCAGGUAAUUAACAAUGGCUUAAUGAUUUAUUUCUAUAUUCUUUAAUUUAUAUAAAAUCUACCUUUCUUGCUGAGAUAUUUUAAUAUUAACAUAAAAUGUAUUUAUAAUAUACAUUAGUUUCCUUUUUUACAAGAUUUUAAGUAAAUGACUUAAAUCUUAAAAUUAAAUAUAAUAUGUAGAUUUAGUCCUGCAGACCAUGGCCAAUCCUUUGAAUGCAUCUCUCCACAAGAGCAAGAGGUCCUCCCAGAACUAACAGUGAUCUGAUGAAGGAUGUUAGCCAUUUUACUGCCUCAUUGAGACAAAUAACUUGAGAGCCACUAGAUGACUGGAAAAAAUGUCAAUUUUGUUUUAUGUAAUGUCAAGUGUUUAGUUUUUUCUGAAGACUGUUAUCAAAUCACAUAUUUAUUUAAUGAAUCAAAACUAGUCAACAUUGAUAUUUAUAUGUUGAUUGAAAUUGCACAAGUUUUAUUUUUAUUUCAGACUGUUGAUGUAUGACCCAGAGACAGGAAAGACAACCCAGUUGUUUGAUGGACUCAUAUUUGCUAAUGGUGUCCAACUGACCAAGGACAAAAGUGCUGUGCUAGUGACUGAAACUUGCAGAUUCAGGAUAAUGAAGUAGGUCUCCUGUUACAUAUGAAUCAGAAGAUUUUGUGAUAAAGUUUUCAACCAUUGUCUAGUGAUUGUACAUCUGAACACGAGUCUUGCAUAUAGCACAGGAUGUAUAAUAAUAAAAACAUCAAUCUAAUGAAAACAGAGUUUUCAACAUGACUCAUGGUGUCAAACUGAUAGGAAUUCACAUUGCAGCAGCAACCAGUUCUAAAAAUUGUGAUUCCUCUUGUUUUAAUAUUAUUAAAUUUUUAACUUUUUCAGACAAGCAUUCUGGACUUUAGUAAUUUAGGUGGUCAAUGGACCAACACUUUGAGAAGCCCUGUAUUUUCAACAAAUCUCAUUAGUUUUUUUUUUAAAGUAUAAUUCAAUUAAAUGUUAAUUUGUGCCCUAUUUUUAAUUUUAGUUUGACACGUAUUCAAUAAAUUCAUCAUUUCUUCAAGUGCAAGUAUUUUAUUUUUUGAAUUUAAUAUUAAUAAGUUGAUUUUUUAAACUUGAAACAAAUUAAUUUUGUUGAUAUCAAGUUGUUAUUAAAAUUUCCAUAUUAUUUAUAGUAUUUGUUUGGGGCAAGGCCGGGCCACUUGGUGGGUGACUAGCCAUCUUACAACAGUAAUAAAUUUUAAAUCCAGUGUGCCCUUAUUUGCAACUCAUAUAUAAGUUCCCCUGCUGCAUGUCAAACAUUCAGCUUCCCAAUCAUGUCAAACAUUCAGCUUCCCAGUCAUGUCCAACAUUCAGUUUUCCAGUCAUGUCAAACAUUCAGCUUCCCAGUCAUGUCAAACAUUCAGUUUUCCAGUCAUGUCAAACAUUCAGCUUCCCAGUCAUGUCAAACAUUCAGUUUUCCAGUCAUGUCAAACAUACAGCUUCCCAAUCAUGUCAAACAUUCAGCUUCCCAGUCAUGUCCAACAUUCAGCUUCCCAAUCAUGUCAAACAUUCAGCUUCCAAGUCAUGUCCAACAUUCAGCUUCCCAAUCAUGUCAAACAUUCAGCUUCCCAGUCAUGUCCAACAUUCAGUUUUCCAGUCAUGUCAAACAUUCAGCUUCCCAGUCAUGUCAAACAUUCAGCUUCCCAAUCAUGUCAACCUGCACAAAAACCUGUUUUUUUAGCACAUAUGUAAUUAAAAAUUUUGGGCAUUUUUAAUAUUGAAUAUUUUUUAUUUAACUUGAAAAAAAUUAAUAAUAAUCAAUUAACAUGAACUUGCUUUACAAUUAUGUUGACAAAAAUGUCUUCCGGAACCGGAAGUUCCACUGGUUACCUUGAGCUAAAUAUUGCUGGUGCACAUGAUUAUUUCACAAAACAGAAUGGUAUACAACACAGGAAAGUAAGUAAGAAGGUGUCAUUCAAGGAUGAACAGUGGAAAAAUGCGGACAAAAGCCAUAUUUCUGGAAAGCUGACUGGACGAGGGCCUAAAAAAAGAGAACAUGUUCAAGGAUACCUGGACGCAUGGUAACCCUUAUCAGGAGUGACCUGACCUAACUUUUAUAUUCAUACUACAUUCAUUUUACUCAAUUUGUUAUCCUCAGAUAUGACCUGCAGACAAAAGCUCUAUCAGUUUGGGCAGACAAUUUACCAGGUUCCCCAGACAACAUUCGUUACAGUAAGAUAACCGGAACUUACUGGCUAGGAAUUGCUUUUGUAAGGCAAAAAGGAAAAACUUCAUUUAUAGAUUUUCUCUAUAACAAUCCUUGGUUGAGAGGCAUUCUUGCAAAGGUAAUGAUGCAAUUUAAAAAAAAGCUACAUAUAUAACAUUAUACCAUCCAACCAUAUUACUACCAAUGUAAAAAUCUAUGAUCAAUGUCAUUACUUAAUUGUGAAUAUUGCAGUGGUUUCCCAAAGCACAUUCAAAAACAUUACAUCAUGCACAGUUUGAGAUUUGUUUCCUCAUUACCAUGAUGGUGGUGUGUAUUAAUUUAAAGAAUAUGGUUAUUUAUUUUUGAAUUAUAAUCCAUACUGAAGUUCAAAUCUGUGAUAUAAUCAGGUUUGAAGCUAUUGAUAUUCAUGUGUUCAUCCCAUCCCCUCAAUCGUCUUUGCCUUUGAAAUGUAAAAACAGAAUAUGAUAAAAUACAUACAUCGGGUCCUGGGUGGCCGAGUGGUCUAUACUGACUCAAACCAAAAAGCUAGUGGUCUGGAGCUCAAUCCCCACCAAAGCCACCAUCAAAAAGCACCACAGGCGAAUGGGACAUGUUAGCCUUUGACGGCAACUCAUCUAAGAGUAUGUAAACUCUGAAAUUCAAACCAGGAGCCAAAAUGAUCAAUAAAUUGAUCAUGGGACCUCAAAUAUGAAGGAAAAGAAUAAGAAGAUUUUGCUUAUACAAAUUAAAGUUGCUUGAUUGAUAACAGAAAAACAUAGGUGAUAGUAAAGAAUGUCAAUCUCAUUUUAUACACUACCAUAACCCUUACAAUAAAUGCUCAAAACUUUGAGAUAUAAAUUAUUUCUAAUUUAUAAUAAUAAAACUUACAUAUAAACCAAAUUCUCUAUCAUUGUUUGUAUGAAUCCCAUUUGUUUUGAGAAAUAUGAAGUUUAUCUUACACUCCUCUCAUAUUGAACACAAAUUUGCACUUAUGGGGAACUUUAUUUUUCACCUUAUCAAAUGAGCAUAACCUUCUAAGUGGGCUAAUUCUUAUAAAUACAAUUACAUUAAACUAUUGUAAACACUUAAAAUUAUAUUGUUAAAAUGAAUAUACUGUAAUCAUGCCCUGUACAAAAAUCAGUUUCUGUCAUGUAACUAUUAAUAACUCAUUCUGAACCAGCCCAUUUGGUUACCCCUUUUAACCAGUAUUAAUUAGAAGGUUCACUACAAGAUUUCCGUUUCUUACAUUUCCCCAGGUUGCAUCUAUUAAAGGUUUCCAGGUAGUGAAUGGUUUGAUCACUGUUGCUGACACGAAAGCAAUGGCCGUAGAAUUAGAUCAAAAUGGAACUAUCAUCCGUAGUCUUCAAGAUAAAACAGGGGCUGUAACUUCUAGCAUCAGUGAAAUAGAAAUUGCUGAUGGAGUGAUGUACUUUGGUUCCUACCAUGCCAAUUUUAUUGUUAGAUUGUAUAGAAAGAGGGUUCCUGGCCUCUAGUGCUCAAUUCUUCAUCAGAUUCAUUUUGUGAUUGUUAAUUUGGUUAUAUUCCUAAAUGAAGUUUUGUUUCUGUCUAUUGUUUACAUUGUUCACUUUUUUAAACAUUUUUAUCCAAGCAAAUAAGAUAUUGGUUAUUUUAAUUGAAUGUUAUAUGUAUAGAUUUUUUAUUUUACUUUAUUAAAUGGGUUUCUCUAACGUUUCUCCACAAAAUGGAGAUUUAUAUUUUGAAGGAAAAAUAAAAACUCAUGAUCUAUUUCUCAUUGAGAUGCCUAAAUUUGAGAAGAAUGAUUGAAAAUUAAAUGGUUAAAUAAAUACGGGUAAUAUCGAUUUAUAACGAAUUGUAAUUUUUUUAUUGUUACAAGAAUUAAUAAAGGCCUUUUCUUACAU